AAAGUUUCGUGGUGGUCGUCUUCAAGUCCCUCAAUCGACCAAAACUUCUCCUCAAGACAUCCUCCAAUCGUCGAAAUGGCCCCCAAGACCAAGGCACCUAGAGAAGUCGCCACCGUUUCGCUCGGUCCCCAAGUUGCUGAGGGCGAGCUUGUCUUCGGUGUUGCCCACAUCUAUGCUUCUUUCAACGACACCUUCGUCCAUGUUACCGAUUUGUCCGGAAAGGAGACCAUCUCUCGUGUAACUGGCGGGAUGAAGGUCAAGGCUGACCGUGACGAGUCUUCGCCUUACGCUGCGAUGUUGGCUGCUCAGGAUGUCGCUGCUCGCUGCCGUGAGGUCGGUAUUACCGCUCUCCACGUCAAGCUGCGUGCCACCGGUGGCACUGGUACUAAGACCCCUGGUCCUGGUGCUCAGAGCGCUCUCCGUGCCCUUGCCCGUGCCGGCAUGCGCAUUGGACGUAUCGAGGACGUCACUCCCGUCCCCACCGACUCUACCCGUCGCAAGGGUGGUCGCCGUGGUCGUCGUCUCUAGUCUGUUUUCCUUUGGGAGGCAGCGCAAAAUCUUCAGGUCAUCGUCGCUUGUAUCUUAUGUUGUCAAUGAUCAAUAUGUCGCCGUGCGACGCGCAACAGGUACUUUAGCUCCGUCUAAAGCCUGCCCCGUGGUCGCGCUCCUGUCUUUUUUCGAGCUUCAUAUGAUUCACCGUGUCCGAAUGAUCAUGCUUUUCAACUGGCCCUCAAGGAGGUAAUGCUGCGUGACGUCACAACUG